AUGGCGACUGCCAAUUUGUGCGUUGCUCUCUACGACAACGGCGUCUUCUUCAAGCACUGGGCUCUCUUCGUAAACGGCCGCUCCAAUCAAGAGAAAGUCAUCUUCCAUGUCCAAGGAGCUGAAAAGAAUUUCAAGUAUGAAAGUCGUCAAGGCGACGCUACAACCUCUAAGAAAUUCCUGGAGAGCCUACCCCUUUGUCGGAUCGAAAUAUCUAAAUUGAAAGAUAUCGAACUUGCAGCCGAAAACACCGUGCUUCACAACGAGAGACGAGUUUGGAAUCAUCAAGACUAUGUGCUCGACCUUCUGGACAAGCUGGAAGAGGAAGGUAUCGUUAACGGGGACGACAAGGAGUACAGAAAAAACAAGGAUGCUGUUCGAUGCAAGCAGGAUGGACUCGUGAAGAUAUAG